CAAAAAUGCAGAAAGCAGCUUCGAUAUUUAUCGGUCUUCUACUUUUCUCAACAUGUACGUAAAAUUUGUGGACCAUAUGUUUAUUUACAUACUUACAUUCAUCAUCAUCACCAUCGUCAUCUUCAUCAUCGAUAUUAUAUAUCAUCAUGAUCAAUAACAUAUUAAAUCUCAUAGGUACUCAAAUUCUGGCACAAUCUUGCAAGAAUGCAUCUGAUUGUACUAAUCUAAAUUGUGCAACCAAGAUCAAGUGUGAGCAGAACAAGUGUCAAUGCCUUAAUGAAAGAUACGUCCGCGCGAUAUCCCUUAAGACGAGGUGUAAUGUUCAAUCUUGCAUUGACUUAUGCAAAUCAAAAGGCGAAGUAAUUUAUGUUUGUGUCUCAUACCGUUGUUAUUGUCGCAAACCUCCAAUGUAAUUAUAUAACUACAGUAAA